AUGGGAAAAACGGUUUCGGCAGCGGUUAGCGUCUAUUCGUUGGUGGUGCACUAUGGGGGCUACAUUUUCGGCCUCGGAUGCCUCGUUUCGAUUCCGACUUCCAUCGUCGCCUUGCAGAGGGCUCUCAACUCGGACUACGAUGAGAAGGACGUUGGUUUCUUUGAAAAUAUCGAAUUCCAACCGGUCGCAUCAACAGAGACCUCUACUCAUCGCAAGAACUUACUUGACGAUGACUGGAAUUGCGUCAGCAUUCUUCGAAGGCUACAACGUGGCCAGCAGCAUUUUGAAGAGGUCCGUUAAAAAAAAUUCAAAGAGUCCGUUUCACGAAAAAAUAUAUUGGAUAUUCUGACCUCUAAAACGAUAAAAAUGGUUUUCAAUCUUUUCCAAGUCUCUCGAGCCAGAUAUGAGCGAACUAAAUAUAUUUUUCUAGUAAAAACAAACUCACAAGAAGGUUAUUUUGCCAUUCAAUCAAUUUUCACUCAAAAAAAAAACCUUGUCAGAUAGUGAAAUCAAAAAAUUUUGCAGCAAUGGAGCCGUUUUUCCUGCUUUCCACCGUUGUUUUCCGUUCAUUUCCUUCGGAGUCCUUCUCCACCAGUUUGUACCGCCCGUUACAGAUUUUUGUAACCGACUUUUUGGGUUUUCACUAUUUUUCUAACCCUUCUCAAUCAAAAUUUCAAGGCUCCCCACUCACAUCUAUUGCAUCGUCUCCGUCGCUUUCUGCUCUAUCUACUCGACUUUUGUCGAUUAUAAUGAGCCGAAAGAGAUUGUCGUCUAUCUCGGACCGUUUCCGAUGCCAAAAACGAAGCUUUUCUAUUCGGUCAGCUCUCAUUAACUAAUAAAAAAACGGUUUUUGCAGUAAAAACUGAUUCAAUCGGUUCACAAUGAACCAUUGGCGGGUUUUUUCUUUUCAAACAGCUUGGGAAAACUUUUUAAACGCCUCUAAAAUUUCAGAAAGCUUUUGGGAUUAUCUUUCAACUAUUUUCAGCCGAGUUACGUUUUCGAGGUGGCGAUUCCCAUUUUAGUUGCGAUUUGCUACAUCCUAUCUAUAUUGAAGCUGAUUAAGCCCUCAAAAACCAAGACGCCCCUCUUCUUUUAUGGAAUGUUCAUAUUGUCAGUUGUCCAAGGAGUUCGUCUCUGCUCUCAAAUAUUUCCUAAAACUUGAAAGCAGAUGGUCGCGACCUGCACGGGCGUCGCGAUGGUCGUCGCCGCUGGCGACUUCGACGACGAGCAUUUCUUGCGUUAUUUCAUUGAAAACAGCACGCCGUUUCUGACCUUCCUGGCCCUGGCGGUUGUGACGCUGGUCGAGCUCCUUGACACUUCUCGACGACACAUCGUUCAGCCUCUUGAGUUCAGCAAGGAGAUCGGAAAUGCUCCCGGCGCUCAAAGAUCCGUCGCACUCAGCUACCUGCCUGUUUCUACUACCGCAACACCAAGAAACUGAAAAUCGACCAUAAUAAAUUCUCAAAUGUUGAAAAUUUACAGCAAACUAAUGACUGGAAUAAACUGCUUCACCAUCCGCUGGUACCACCAACGGGCCAACAUUAUUUCCCAACGCUGUCCCUCCGGGACGUAUUGGACAACGAUUGUGGACCGUCACCCGUGCCGACGACCAACUCUUCGAUUAUACCAUGA